AAGGUAAUUUAUCACUCCCUUCCGCCUCCACUUCUGUACAAACUCCCAAAUCAACCCCAUGCCCUAGUGGUUUCUCCAGAGCUUUUUCGAGCAUGGUUGGGAGAGAAGAGAUGGAGAAUACGAUGACUGUAACCCAGGUUUUCUCAGUGAUAGCGAACGAAGGAGCGGCGCCAUCUGAAACCCAAACCCUAGCCUUUGACGAGUGCUUGAAGCCAGCGAAGAUGCUGAGAAAUGCUAGCGCAGAGGUGGACACCUCGGCGCCGUUCGAGUCUGUUAAGGAGGCUGUUGAUAGAUUUGGAGGGAGCGCAGUUUGGAAGUCUCAGCUGAAGCAGUUUUCUAACGCUGUCAAACACCAUUCAGUGGAGGAUUGUGAGCUUAUAAAUGUGCAAGAACAGACUGCUCAACUGGAGAAGGAACUCAUCCUAAAAGAAAGUGAAACUCGUGAAGUUCUGAAGGAACUCGAAAGGACUAGAAGAGCGGCCGACAGCUUAAAAAUAAAAUUACAGGAAGAACCCUCAGUAGUCCGUAAAUUUCCCGAAACCCACACAGUCAUGCAGGCAACACGAUCCCCGGUAUCAAUUUUAGCUGUGCUCAGCCAAGCAAAAUUGAAUCUGAGCAGGAAGACAAAUGACCUGGCCAACAUUCAAGCUUCGAUAGACUCAUUAAACCAAAAGUUAGCCGAGGAGAAAGAGUCAAUCAAAAAAACUCGUGAAAAACUUUCGUUAAACAGAGCCGCUGUUUCUUCUUUAGAAGAUGAUUUGAACCGAAUGACUUUGAAACUGCAGUUGUCCAUAGAUGCAGAAGAGAAAUUUAAUGGAGAUCCUGCAAGCAUUUCAUUAGAGAUUAAAAAUCUGAUUUCUGAGAGAGAAAACUUUAAGCAAGCCACGAAAACUGCAGCUUCAGAAGUAUUGAGAUUAACUUCUGAGAUUGAACAGAUGAAUGUUAGUAUAAAGGCUGUUGAAAUUAGGUGCUCAGCUGCUAAGAAGAUGGAAGAGGCAGCUAAAGCCACCGAAGCCGCUGCGUUCGCUCGGAUCAAAGCUCUUAUAAACAGCAACAGCUCAAUUUCAGGUUUGCAAAAUGAACCUCCACUCGUCCUUCCAAUGAAUGAAUAUUUCAUCCUGACUCGCAAAAUCAAAGAUGCCGAGGAAAACUCGAGGAAGAAAAUCGAAUGCGCCAUGCUUGAGGUUGAAAAAGCGAAUCAGUCGAAGCUGGAGCUGAUAUCUAAACUGGAGGAAGCUGAAGCGGAUGGAAAAACUAGCAGAAAGUUACUCGAAGAAGCCAUGAACCGUGCAGAGGCUGCAAAUCGAGAAAAACUAGCAUUUGAAGAGGUGCUGCGGAGACGAAGGUCCGACCAUGGCCAACGUAAACGCUGCAUUCAUAACUCUGCCAAGUUUAAGAACUCCUAUCCGUCUCAUCAAAGAAGAGACACUAAGUUGAUUGAUCUUAAUGGGCUUAAUGUGAUUGGUGAUUAUUCUAGGAAUAGAAUAAAGCACACAUUGUCUAUAGGAGAAAUACUGAGCAAGAAGUUAGUUGGUCCUGGAGAUGAUAAUGAUUAUGACACAGUAAUACAGAUGAGAUUGAAUGAAAAAGCGACGGUUCCUCUUGGUCAAAUACUGAGUAGAAAACCUGAAGUUUUAUCUCCUGAGAAUGGUUGUGGAUCUGCUCGUAAGCGGCAUCAUCAUACGAAGAGGAAGAGAUUUGGGUUUGUGGUGUUCUCGCAUCUGUUGAAGAAUGAAAGAUUGAAGAGCAAGAAGAACAGCAAGAACAAGAAGAGAAAACAGAUUUCAGUUCAUGGGUGAUUAUGGUGUGGAUGUUUAGUAGGUAGCUCUUUUUCUGAUAUGUUAGUUUUGUUCUGGAUAUUGUUUUUCGUUGUUUAUCCCCACUACUUGUUGCAUAUCAACAAGCUGUUCUUGUCUGUAAAAAUGCGUGUUUUGAUGGCUCUGCUGUUCUGUUUGGUGGAGAGUAGUUUUGUCUUCUGAACAAUUUACUGUUAGAUUGAAGAUGGAAGUCAAGGCAUCUGAAUUACUCAAAUCUCUUACGAGUUAAAAC